GAGGCAGUACCGGAGUUUAGUCGGUUCGACUCGAGAUUUGUCUCUUCCCUUGCGGGCGGGGGCCCAUAGGUCACCCUACUAACACGCUGCUCGCUUAGUGAACCCAAGUGGAUCUAAGUGGAAUAAGAGAGUUUGUCCGACCGUUCGACCUGCAACGGGCCAGAACGACGACGACGACGACGACGACUGACGACUGCAAGAAAAGUGCCUCUCGAGCGUCACUCGUUUUUUGUUCCCCCCCGUUCGUCGGGUGGGUCGGCUGGCAAGAAGUCACCCUCAGCGAGCACUUACUCGGGGUCCACCCAGAACAGUCAGUCCACCACCGCCCAAAAGGUGCUAAUUGAAGACCAACUGGAAGAAGCAGAAGAAAAAAAAACUCAGUCAACAACAAUCAAGUGAUCGAGACUGAAGUUUAGCGCUUCUGAUCUCUAGUCCGGGGUGUUUGUGUGUUUUUUUUUUUUGCGGAUCGUUUCAUUAGGCAGUGUGAAGUGACCAUUUUUUGCUUGGCUGGAAUUUCGGCGACAUCGCGCGUUGAGUUCCGUGUGUCCGGCGACCGUUUGUUGGUGUAGUAUUUUGAUUCGUGCCUACCGCGGCGGCGGACAGUACGCAAUACCCGACCAACAGAUCGUAAGAUCGCCUUUCCCGGAACGAGAAGAAAUUGGAUGCAAAAUUUGUGCGAGCGAAAAAAAAAGUUCCAUUAAUUAAUCGGCAUCGGUCUAAGGUUAUCUGCUAGUUCGUGUGUGUUAUUAGUAGCUUAGCCCUCUGUGACGGUGUGAGUGAGUGAAUGAGUGAUUCCAUCGGUGGGAAUUUUCUAGGGUAAUUUGCGAGAAAUAUUGAUUGGUUGAACAAUAACUUCUUCUACAAAUCAGGCGCUCGAAAGUAGUUUGACUGUUGUGAAUCGAAAUCGAAAGAACUCUGGCAUCGAAUGGUGGUUAUAUUGAUUGUUCUUCCGUCGCCAACAUGCCAAACACUGCAUCAUCACCAUCAUCGCCAGCAUCUUCAUCAUGAACAAAAACAUCAGCAGCAGCAGAAACAGCAUCAUCAGCAUAAUGUCCAUUUUGCCCAUCAGUACCGCAACCAAAGCAGCAACCGCAAGCAGCCAUCCUCCACUGCCGAGCGGGGGGCUAAUCACUCGCAGCGAAUCCUUUGGAGUCCGACUGCGACGGCAUCGCCGACGGCCGGUGGUUCCCGUGUUCGGUUAACGUUCCAUCACUGUUCCAUUCCUAGUUCGCAGUCAAGAAGACAUGAGCAGCAUCAGCGACGAACGGUAGCGCCUGCCGUUAGGCAGCGAAUAGAUCAUAAUAAUAACAGCAAACGAUAUCAGCAACGCUUCAAACAACAACAACAACAACAACACCACUCAGCAAAUAUCAAACCUUUCUCCAGUAAUAAUGAUAACAACAACAACAACAACAACAGCAGCAGUCGGUUGCGUCAGACCGGCACUGAACCUCGCAGCAACCUGCGCUACACUUCACGAGUAAUUAUUUCCGAUGACUUUUCGCAGGUGGACAUCAAAUCGGACGACAACGAGGUCGAGGCAGUCAAUCGGGAAGAGGAAAUCAUCAAGAAGCGUAAAACCGAACUUACCACCACACGCCAAAUCGAGACGCGCAUCCAGCGGCAGCUGGUGUUCGAGGAUGGCAAAGUUAUCGAAGAUUCCGGUCCGAUUGUGUCCACCAACACGACCGAGGACACCGACCGGCAGGAAACGGUGCAAACUGAGCACCGUACCCUGGGUGAUCCGGCGGCGAGUGGGACGGAGGAAGACGUUACCAAAAGGGCUGUCGAUUCCGGCGGGAAUCCGGUUCUCGACGAUGUCGACGGCUUGCAAAAACUAGUCAGCGAUGGAGGCGGCGGCGGCGGUGCUGGUGCUGGUGCUGGUGCUGGCGGCGGAGGCAGUGACGAACCGGUUGGCGGCGGCGGCGGCGGCGGCGGCGGUGAUACCAAUAGUAGCAACAAACCAAAGACCAUCAGCAGCGUCAUCGUGGCCCGGCCCGAUGGGCUGCUGAGGAACACCAAGGAGGAAGUGGAAGUCUCCCGGGAGGAAACCAAGGAGUGCACGGUGAUGGCCGAGCGGAAGCAUUUCGGGGAUUUCACCGAUGAUGCUUAUCUGCGUGCCAUCAACAGUGGUGUGGACGAUAUCCGCGAGCUGCUCCUGUCGGAGGAAGCCCGCCUCGAGCUAGUCCCGUCCGGGCCGCAACUGGUCAGCCACAGUACCAAAUCGCGCAAGGUCAUCGACAGCGAGGACACGGACGUGCAGCUGUCGGCUCGGCCGGACGGUACGCUGGUAACGGAGAAAACGCAAACCCGCCAGCACGAAGUGCUGUUCGACGACGAUCUGCCCGGCGACGAACGGUUAAGUACCGGGCUGGAUCAGGUGGACAGUGCCGAGCGGAUUAUCGAUCAAAAGGCCUCUUCGCAGCGUUACUUCAAGCAGCGUGAUGAGCAGCACGUCGAUCUGAUCGGACCGAGCGGGCAAGUGCUGGGCAACGAGAUGCGUUACGCGGCGGAAACAACGCAGAUGGAAAAGGACGGCAACCGGCCGGAGAAUUUGCUUUCCGAGUGGGACAGUCUUUCGGAUCGGUUGCGAAAGGCUCGCCGGUUGGGUAGACAUUCGACGCCGAAAGAUGCGGUGCUGGGCGCGAACGUUACCGGGUUGCCGCCGCUGGCGGAUCGAACGGAUGCCCUGACGAAGCGGCCGCUCGAUUUCGAUCGAGAGGACGAAACCCGGAAGCAGGAAACGAACAAGUGGCUCGAGAGUCAUUUCGGCAGUGAGUCGCGGUCUUCGCGAGGAUCGCGGGACGAUUUGGACGAUAUUGUGGAACCGACGAAAAAGACUUACUUUAAUGUGACGAUCAAAAGUGGCGGAGAAGGGCCGGAAGAGCACCGUGGAAGUAGCGGCAAUCUGUACAGAGGAGGUCAUCAGUUGAAUGCACCGGCGAAGGUGAUUCUGCCGGAACGGGAGGAGCCAAUCGGUAGGAAAUAUUUUCAGGGUGUUAGCGAGUGGAACGAGCGCAAUCGGUACGCCAAUGGGAGAGGAUCGCGGGAGAAUUUGGUUGAUAGUGAAGAUUACAGCUACAGGACGAUGGGAAAGCAGAAAGAUUUUCGCUUCGAAGAUAGUAAACAUUCGUCCUAUAAGGACGAUUCGGCUUACGUUUCUUCGUCAACGUUUUUCACAACCCCCCGAUCUCCGAAGCCCCUAAAAGAUAGUAACUUCAAUGCGCGCUACGGGCGGGAGGCUCGUUCGGUGUCACCGGAUCGAGUGGAGUACGUGUCCGAAGAGCGGCCGAUGGUACCGCAGCGAAAGAAAGCCUUGGAACGAAAGCUAACCAACGGAAGUGGCAUAUUAACGAGCAGCAGACCGGUGAUUAUCGAACAACCGCAGGUCAUCGAGUACGCCCCCCGCAGUCGAUCGAUUUCUCCCAUCCAAAUCCCUCCGGUAGCUAGCACGCUGCGAAAACCGUACCAGAAGACACGUUUUAGCAGCAUCCAAGAUCUAAGUCACACCUCCCGCGGCUCGGGACCGAUCGCAACUCGUGCCCAGAGCAAUCCUCCAAAGAGCAAAGUCGGUUCGGCCAUCGGCAACAGCAUCCGUAAGCUAGUAGGCAAAAUCCGCUCGGCCAGUGCCGAACGAAAACUUCGACUAAAAUCAGCCGUAGCCAAACAUCGAUCGCCUUCGCCUCCGUCUUCCUCGUCGGCGCUGGCCAACAAACGCAACAGUUCGUCCAGCACGACCUACCAGCAGUACAACGUCAUCGAUAGUCACAUCGGAGGACGAGGAUAUUCACCACCACCGCCAGCGGCGGCAGCAGUAGCUCCACCACCAACAACCACCACAAUGACAGCAACAUCGACGCCGCUUCAAAACCAGUCUCAGCAUCAGCGUCACCAUGCGCAGCAGCCAUCGAACGGCGCCGUCAGUCACAAACAGAACGGCAACAUUUCCAGACGUGAUCGCGAGCGCUCGGAUCCUGCCGCCAACCAUCACAGCAACGGUAACGGGCACGUUUACGACCACCAGCACCGUCGCGGGUCCUCCGACAUAGUGUCCGACAUGACAACCAACAGCGGUGGCCCGAUUCCGAAGCAAAAGUACUACCUCGGUGAGAAUCCCUACGGCGGGAGCAUCUUCGGCAAGGAAAACAAGUACGACGGUGGCAGGAUGCGUAGCAUCCCGCCGCAGCAUCCGCCACAGCAGCAACACCAGCGAAGCGAAGAACGGAUCGUGACGUCGUCCCACACAAGGAGCUACAGCCAACCGCCACCUCCAACCUCAGCUACUUUGGGUCGUUACAGUAAGAGCACCAACCGGCUGCCAACCUCCGGCAACGGCCAACACCAACAGUUCGAGCACAAUGGGCUAUCCUCAUCGUACAACCAUUCGUCGGCCAAUCACUAUAGCACCAGCUCGCAAACGCUUCCCCGCAAGCUGUACGAACAGAAAACGAAAUCCACCAAGCCGCUGCAUUCGUCCACGAUCAACGUAUCGAUCGUCAAUACGGUUAGCCCAUCGCCGCAGCCCACCCCGUUAACCAACACCGGACCGGUGAAGCCGGCUCGCACCUACAAGGCCCUCAACCGGAGCAAAUCGUUCAACGUGCACGGUCUGAACGGAACCAACGAUCCUAGUCCGAUCUAUCUGGAGAAGAUCAGCCGAAACAACAACUACAACGCUUUCUACCGGUCCAACUCGCACCUGGACGAUCUGCAGCAGACACCGUCCCGCCAUCAGAACGAAUCGAUGCAGCUGAAGAGUCCCUCCAUCGUUAAUCUGAUCAGCCGAAGCACCCGCGAUCUAACGCAGAGCCCACUGUACGAGGACGAGCGCGUUCAGUCGCGAACCGAAUAUUACAACGAAUAUUCCACCAACAAAAAGAACGUCUUCCUCAAGAACCUUCAGAAUCGGGCCCCGGAACUGUACCGCACACUGCACGGUUCCGCCGCCGGCAACGGUCAGAAUGGCACCGUCGACCCGAACGGGCCCUCUCGCGAGUAUCUGAACACGUACAUCAGCCGCGAGCAGGAGUCCUCGCUGGGAUCCCGUUCGCCGCAGACCAUCAACAAGGACACGGCCAGCAUCGUUCGUCGGGGCAGCUCCAGCACCGAAGACUACUCGGAAUCGUACAAAAUUACGCAAAAAUCGGACGAUCCGGCACGGCCCGGUGUCACGAAUACGGUGCGAAAUUUCCGCAAGAAAACCGUCCCCUCCAAGGACGGCCGGGGAAUGCAAACGAUCGAAACGAGCGAGGUGCGCACGACCAGCAGCAGCCGCUACCGGGGCGGCGAUCAGCCGCCACCACCGCAGCCGCCACUUAAGUAUCAGGAGUUCCGCACCAACGGUGCGUCGCACGGUAUUGGCGGCGGCACCGGGGGCGUUGUCAUCGAGCUACGCGGUAACUCGUAGACGCGCAGUCUACGAGGGUGUUUUUCUAUAAUUUUUGUUUAGUGAUAUAUUUGGACUUUUUAUAAUAAAAGAAAAGCAAUUUUUAACGAAAAAAAAAACAUUUUCUACUUGUGCCAGAACUAUGAGGGGAGACCAUUCUCCGUUUCGAUCCUCUCACUAUUCCGUACUUAAGAGCUCUAAACUAAUCGAAUAAAACAAACAAACAACAACAGCGCAAUGAAACAAGCAAUAUCGAGCAAGCAAUUCGUUAACCCAUAGUGAAGUUUAAAACUAUUUGAAGUAUUUGUUUUUCAUAAAAAUAAACACAAUCGUGAGAACGUGAAAUGUGAAAUAAAGCUUAACAAGUGUGA